AUGCUUCAAGUAGGAUUCAUUACACCGUACAGGAUAGCAUUACUGGUCUUGAUUGACAACUUUUGUAAAUUCAGUAUACACGAUUCAUUGCUGCCGAAGCUUGCCAUCUACAUCACAAAGAGCAUUCUGAACGAGGAGAACAUCAGAAAGACUUGCUCUGAACCAUCAAAGAAGGACAUUUUCUCAGAAAUAUCAAACUGGAGUGAUGACCGCCAAGUUAUUGAGACAACACUACAGUUUCUUGAAAAUGAGCUGACAGCCAUCCGGACACAGCAUCUUUUGAAUGUAUUUAUGAAUGCCCUGAAGCCACUCUUAGACUCUGAGCCAGAGGACGAACACGAUAAAUUGAAACUGGAUAAAUCAAGUGUGAUGGGCCUGUUUGUGAGGAAAUGCAGGAUCGAGUAUGCGACACUUCCAUUUGAUCAGCUACAACACAUCUUUCAAGCAUAUCAACAGUUUCUCGAUGGAGUGGCAGGAGACACUGAGUUUGCAAAUCAAGACAUCACUACACACUGGAUAUCUGAUUACAAUGUAGCAGCCUUCUUGAGAUACCAAGCAGAGACCAUUGAACGCACAGGCACAACUAACAUUAGUCCGUCUGUAUUGCACACCUAUCUCGAUAAAUUCGAGAAACAAGUGCCUCCCAUCAAUAUCCUGCGACAAGUAAGAUACCUUAAUUAUACCAGAACCAAGGAGUACAUUCAGUCAUUGUCUCAUUUGCAUUUGUCCAUUGAUAUGAGCUUGGAUAAAGGAGUAAACGUACAGUAUGCACUGCUUCAUUUGGGUAUCAUGGAAUAUAAAUUUGGACACUCUUUCAAUGCACUGUCGGCUUUGAAUGAUGCGCUAUCUUCAGCUAGAUCUAACAAGGACGAACUUUGUUUACAAGAAGUUCAGUUCUGGAUUGAAGUCUGUCGAAAGAACCAUCCAUUCAAUGAGUUUAGUUCCUAUACAGAUGACUAUCUAAACAAUCUUAAAACACUGACUAGAGCCCGCAAUCUACUACGAACUGGAGAACCAUGCCGUUACGUGUUUGAACUACUCUACAAGAGUCUGAUUCACAUCAUCAUGAACGACAUACAACACAUGGACCGUGCUCAAUUCCUGACAACGUCUUUGACAUGGCAUCGAUAUGGCAACAGCGUCUUGGCAAAAUCAUAUUUGGACCUAGCAAAUGCAUCAAACGACAAAUCACUGGAUGACAUUGAAAAGACCAUCAUCACCGAAGCUAAUAUGUUGCAAGCAUCGGGAAACUUGGACCAAGCUAUUAAUGUGCUUGAUUUAUUUACAAAGAGGUAUCAGAGCGAAAGUGAUUUUCUGAUGGGUUGGAGACAGACAAAAGCACGCAUUGCCCGACAGAUGGAACGCAAGAGAAAAUUCAACCUGAUUGAACAUCAAAACGACCUAUUGCAACUUACCAUACCACCGGAUUCAGAAGAAUACUUUAUCGCCUGUCAUGAUCAUGCCUAUCAACUUAUGCUGAAAAAGGAGUUUGAAAGAGCUUUACUGAUACUUGAUGAAGUACAUGAUUUCAUUCAGAAGACGGACAGAACAUCUCAAUUAGGUGAUAAUCUGAUUCUGCAAGCAACUAUCCAUCUGAAACUAAGUACACCAUCCACGGCCAUUCCUCUCUUGACACAAGCCAUCAAAGUAGCUAAAAGCUCAUUUGAUGCCAAAAACUACUACAGAGCCACUAUCAAAUUGGCUGAAGCCUAUCUACGCCUGAAUCAAUCUGUCGUUGUGGAAAAGUCAAUCUUCAUGUUGGAGAGCAUCUUUCCAAAAGUGCUCAUUAUGAAGUCGAAACAUUUGGAGUCUGACCUUUAUUUGACAUAUGCAAAGGCAUUAGAUGCGCAAUGCAUGUUUCAAACCGAACAUCUGAUUCUUGAAUAUGUAGAGAAGGCAGAGCAAGGAUUCCGUGAUUUGAAAUUGGUAGAGGAAUUAUUGACAGUGUUGCAUUUCAAAUCCCUGAUAUUGGAGAAAUUGAAAAUGACAUUGGAAAAGCACAAGACCCUGAAUGAAAUACGAAAUCUUCAGCAAAAGAAAGCAUGA